CAAUUUUGUUCUCUCUCUCUCUCUCUCUCUCUAAAAAGAGCAGGCAAAAGAGUUUGAAAAUGGGAGCACUCACUAUACUGUCGGUGCUACUUUGCGCCACCUGCCACGUCGCCUUGGCAUUCACCGACGGAUUGUUAGGAAACGGCAACUUCGAGCUUAGCCCCAAUCCAUCGGACAUGAAAGGGACAGUGGUGCUAAGACACAACGCCCUACCAAAAUGGGAGAUAUCGGGAUUAGUAGAGUACAUAAAAUCGGGUCAAAAGCAAGGCGACAUGUUGCUAAUAGUGCCAGAGGGAGCAUUCGCUGUGAGGCUAGGCAAUGAGGCGUCGAUCAAGCAAAGGGUUCAAGUGAUCAAUGGAAUGUACUACUCCAUCACCUUUAGUGCUGCCCGGACUUGCGCCCAAGAGGAGCGACUCAAUGUGUCGGUGGCGCCAGACUCCAGCGUGCUUCCGAUGCAGACCUUAUAUAGCAGUAAUGGUUGGGACUCAUAUGCAUGGGCAUUUCAAGCAGAAGUUGAUGUGGCGGAGAUAGUCAUACAUAAUCCUGGAAAGGAGGAAGAUCCGGCUUGCGGACCACUUAUUGAUUCGGUGGCCAUUAAAGCUUUGUAUCCUCCCAGAGCAACCAACAGUAAGUUAUUCUUCCAAUCAUUGAGGCUAAGUUUGGGAAGUCCCAAAUAAGCCAAAAAGCCAAAAAGUUACUCAAAAAGUUAAAAAGUUAACACUAUUCACCAAAAGUCAACAAUUACGGCUGCACAACUCCUA